AUGACAGCAGUCAGAGAAAAAAACACAAUUGAAUUUAACGAAAUUUUCACCAAUCCUGAGUCACAAAGUGAAUCAGAUGCAGAAGCUGAAAGUGAACCAGAAAUUGGUGAAAAUAGUGAUUCAGAUGCAGAAACUGUAGAUGAAUCGGAGACUAGCGAAUAUAGUGACCACAAUGUCGAGAGUCCUACGGAAGUUUUCGAUGAUGAAGAUGUUUCAUGA